AUGGCAAAACGUUACUUUAAAAAUAUAUAUUCUGACAGUGAUGAAAGUGAUUUGAGUACAAAUCACGAAUUUUGGAAAGAUAAAAUAAAUAACUUAAUGCAACGUAUAGAUCGGAAUGCUUCAUCGUCGUCAAAAAACACCUUGUAUACUGGAUCGACUGGUAUUGCAUACAUGUUCUAUCACUUAGCAAUAUCAAACAAAUUUAAAAACGAUCCCUCAACAUAUUUAAAUAAAGCUAUCAAAGUUCUAAAACUUAGAGAAAACAGUUUUAAUCGAAAAAAAUCAAAUCAAUUUAUUUGUGGUGAUGCUGGAGUAAACGCUGUAAAUGCUGCAAUUUAUCACCAAAUUGGUGAUGAGAAAUCUGCAGAAAUGUAUUUAGAAUAUUUUGAGAAUGGAGUGACUGUUUGCAAGCCGAUAGAUUCUUUGAAACCGGGAGAAGAUGAACUAUUUGUUGGUCGUGCAGGUUAUCUCUAUGGAGUUCUAUGGUUGGAAAAGGUUUUUGGAAGAAAAAUAAUACCUGACCAAGAUGUUAUUGACAUAUGCUUAACAAUAGUAGAAUCUGGUCGUCAAUAUUCAAAAACAAAUAAAAGCUUGUUUCCCCUUAUGUACAGUUAUCACAGCAAGGAAUAUUUAGGAGCAGCUCAUGGUCUAUGUACAAUUCUCCAAGUAUUAAUUUCAUUUCCUUGUUUUAUUAAAAAUGAACAAAAAGUAAUGCAAGAUAUCAAAAAAUGUAUUGAUUUAUUGAUAUCAUUACAAACAUCCACUGGUAAUUUUCCUACUAAAAUACAGGAAUUAGGAUCGAAACAAAGACCUGAGGAAGAUGAAUUGGUUCAUUGGUGUCAUGGAGCUCCAGGUGUUAUAUACUUAUUAGCUAAAGCAUAUUUGGUUUUUAAAGAACCUUCUUAUUUGGAAUGUUGUUUAAAAUGUGGAGACUUGGUAUGGACAAAAGGACUAUUAAAAAAAGGCCCUGGAUUAUGUCAUGGAAUAGCUGGGAACGGAUAUGUUUUCUUACUAUUAUAUAGGUUGACCGGCGAUAAAAAACAUUUAAACCGAGCUGUACAAUUUGGUAAAUUUAUAUUCACUGAUGAAUGUAUUCAAGGAUCUAGAAGACCAGACAAUUUGUACAGUUUAUAUGAAGGAUUAGCUGGCACAGUGUGUUAUUUGAGUGAUUUAACCCAACCGGAAAAAGCUAGUUUCCCAUUUUUAGAUGUGUUUUAA